AUGUUCACCACCACUCUCCGACGCAGCCCGACAUGGACCCGUCAAGCAACUCCCUCUUUGCGCCGCCUAAUUUCUUCUAACCACCAGACUUUCGAAGAGGGCGACAUCGUCCAUUUACGGCGCAUAGCCGGUAAGACUAGUUCUACAAUCCUCUCGCAGCCUCUUAGACCCGGCAGGAAAAUCGAGACCCCCAGUGGGCGCAUUGCGCACAACGACAUUAUCGGUGCCAACACACGCGACAUUGUCUCUAGCUGUAAAGGCACCGGAUACUGCGUCACAUUCCCCACAAUUGAUGAAUAUGUGACCAACGUCCGCCGCCUCGUCACCCCCGUCUACCCCCACGACGCCGCAACAAUCGUAAACCUCCUCGACAUUCACGUCGACAGCGCACCGAAUCCGCCUAUUGAGAUCUUUGAAGCGGGCACAGGACAUGGUUCAUUGACACUGCAGCUCUGCCGCGCCGUACAUGCUGCAAACCCACCAAGCAGACCGCGCGGUGCCAUAAUCCACACCAUCGAUAUCUCUGCGCGUCACUCCGAGCACGCUGAGAAGGUUGUUUCGGGCUUCCGCAGAGGCUUAUAUAGAAAGAACGUCGACUUUUAUGUCGGUAACCCUACGCAGUGGAUCAAGAAUCAGUUCACAAAGCGGGCCGAGGAGGGGAAGCCACCGGGGCCAUUCUUAUCGCAUGCCAUUCUGGAUCUGCCGGGAACAGAUGAGUAUCUACAGGCAAUGUCUGAUGGACUCCUUCCGGAUGGUGUUCUGGGUGUGUUUUGUCCUAGUGUGACCCAGAUUGCGGAUUGCUUGAAGGUAAUCAAGAAGACGGGCAUCCCGCUAUCAAAAGAGGCAGUGAUUGAGUUCUCGCCGCAUGGUACGGGCGUUGGCGCAGGGUUGAGGGCAUGGAAUGUGAAGUGGACAACUGUAAGAGCGAAAGAGCGUGGAAAGGUCGAUGUAGAGGGUGAGGAGGUCAAGGUUGGAGCGGAGGCAGGGGACAUGCCUGCGGAGAGCGAGUCUGUAGUUGACGUAGACACGGAAGCAGAGUUGCAGCCGAAGGAGAUCCCGCCCAUUGCUGAGGGCGCGACAGAGGAUGUCCUAGUGUGUAGACCAUCUGUGGGGGAUCGGCUGGUAGGCGGUGGGUUCUUUGCGGUCUUUAGAAAGAGAGGCCAAAGUUAG